CAUAAGUCCGGAUAUGACAUCAUAACCACAGGAACCACACUUUAGCUCGUAACGGUAGCUGUAGCAUAACAGCUAACUUAUCAGUAUUCAAAACAAAAGCUCUCAUAAGCACAAUAUCUUCUUUAUCUCCUAUUUGGACGUUAAUAUGGAGCUGUAGGCAGGACUUAUAAAUAAAGUGUUGAGGAAUGGUCUGACUGCAGCAGAACCAGCAAAGAUGCACAGCCGUCUGCAGGAGUUGAAGAAGGAAGAGGAGACUCUGCUCAAAAUAAAAGUCAUGCUACAGGACCAGCUGAACAGGCUGAAGUUCGAAGAGGGAGCUUUAAAAUCUAUCAUUAGUGCACAAACAGAAGAAGGAGCCUCUGAACGCUCUUCCCCAGAAGCUGAGGUUCAUAUUAACCUUGAUGAUGAGGCCGAGAUCAAUCAAACCAAACUGCUACUGAAUGCCGCUAUAGAUAUCGAUAUGGAGGAGGAGGAGGAGGAUGAUGAGGAGGAAGAUGAAGAGGAUGAUGAAGAAGAUGACAUUGAAAUUGAGUCUGGGCCCGAUGACAAUGAGGAGGAUGAUGAUGAUUACUGAGAUUCUCAGUGUCUCAUGGAGCUUAACUAUUUGCACCACUGAAGAAAACCACAUGUUAACAGACAUAUGUUCAUUUGUUCACCUGUUUAUCACUUAUAAAGUUUAAUUUAUUUGAAUGGAGUGAGUAACAGUUACAGUGUAAUGAUGAGUGGUGCUAACGGUACCCUCCUUGGUCUGGUUUAAGGCACAACAAACCACAUAAGAAUUUAUUUGUCAAAUGUUGUGAAAAAGGUCUGAAAUGCAGUAAGACAGUGUUAUUAGCUGCUUAUAGCUUACUAGACAUAUUGUGCAUUUUGAGGAUAAGCAUUAUAAUGUGUGGCUGGGCCAUAUAAGAAGAUAGUACGUAUACAUUAUGCAAGAGAUGAUAACUGUAAGCACAAAAUAAAAUGUUUUGCAUAAGUUU